UCUAUGAUGGAGGAGCUGAAACGAGGAUCUGUUGUGGGCAAAAUUGCUCAGGAUUUGGGAGUAGAUCUGAAGGCUUUCUCUGCUCGGAGUCCCAAAAUUGAAUUUGAUGGAAGUAAGCGUUAUUUCGACAUCAAUCUCCAGACAGGGGAGCUGAUCGUGAACGACCGGAUAGAUAGGGAGGAACACUGCGGACAAAGGCCGACCUGUAGCCUACAAUUCGACUUCUUUUUAGAAAAUCCUCUGGAGCUGCAUCGAGUCGUGGUUGAUGUACAAGAUAUCAAUGACAACGCUCCAUCAUUUCCUAAUGACCAUAUCAGUUUGGAAAUCAGAGAAUCUGCGGAUACGGGGGCCCGGUUUUCCAUCGAUGAAGCCCUUGACCCAGACAUUGGAAUAAACACUGUUCAGGGUUACAGCCUUUCCCCCAACGCUCACUUUACUCUUGCCGUGCAUAACAAUGCAGAAACAGGUAAAUACGCAGAACUUGUCUUAGAAAAAGAAUUAGAUCGUGAAAAAGAGGACAAGAUAUCCCUUAUUUUGACAGCACAUGAUGGCGGCAAUCCGCUGAGGUCAGGGACAGUAAUGAUACAUAUUCAGGUGUUGGAUGCAAAUGAUAACGUGCCUGUUUUUACUCAAACAGCAUACAGAGUAAAUGUCGCUGAAAACGUGCCGCUUGGGACAUCAGUUGUUACUGUUAGUGCAAGUGAUGCAGACGAAGGGGCAAACGGAGCCGUCACAUACGAUUUCAGUCAUGUGUCGACCAAGGCUAAAAGCGCAUUCACGCUUGACCAGAAAACUGGAGUCAUAACAGUGAAAGGACCAUUAGAUUUCGAAGAAAAUCCGUCUUUUGAAAUGCGCGUUAAAGCCAAGGAUGGGUCUGGUCAAGCAGCGUCGUGUAAAGUAAUUGUAGAUGUAACAGACGUUAAUGAUAAUGCCCCUAUUAUCUUGAUCAAGUCAUUAAAAACUCCCGUCUCUGAAAAUGUGCCCGUCGGCUCAGAAGUGGCUAUUAUUUAUGUUCAAGACAAAGACACGGGUCCUAGCGGCAAGGUGUCUUGCUUGAUUCUUCACAGCACUAAAUUCAGAUUAAAUGCUUCAAUUAAAAACCACUUUUCUUUAGUCACUGUUGAUUCUUUGGACCGUGAAGUUGAGUCAGAAUACAACAUCACAAUCGUUGCAACUGAUGAAGGCACUCCUUCUCUCUCAUCCUCAAAAAAUAUACAUUUGGCGGUUGCUGAUGUGAAUGAUAAUCCCCCUGUAUUUGAACAUCAGUCCUACAGUGCAUAUGUGACUGAGAAUAACAAGCCUGGCUCCUCUGUCUGUUCUGUUACUGCGAGAGACCCAGACUGGAGACAGAAUGGCACAGUGUUCUACUCUCUGUUGCCCAGUGAGGUCAAUGGUGUUCCGGUCUCCUCAUAUGUAUCCAUUAAUGGAGACACAGGGGUGAUCCAUGCUGUGAGGCCCUUUGACUACGAGCAGUUCAGAAGCUUCAAAGUUCAGGUUGUAGCCAGAGACAAUGGUUCUCCUCCACUCAGCAGCAACGUGACUGUGAGUGUGUUCAUAACAGAUGACAAUGAUAACUCUCCUCAGAUAUUGUACCCUACUCCAGAAGGAAACUCCUUCAUGACUGAGAUGGUUCCUAAAGCUGCUCUUUCUGGCUCGCUGGUCUCCAAAGUGAUCGCUGUUGAUGCUGACUCUGGACAGAACGCGUGGCUGUCGUAUCAGAUCGUGAAGUCGACUGAUCCGGGACUUUUCACUAUUGGUCUCCACAGUGGAGAGAUCAGGGCUCAGAGGGACAUUUCUGAAUCUGACAGCAUGAAGCAGAACCUUGUGAUCUCAGUGAAAGAUAACGGACAGCCCUCUCUCUCUACAACCUGUGCCGUAUAUUUACUCAUCUCUGAUAACUUGGCUGAAGUUCCUGAGCUGAAAGACAUGUCUUAUGAGGAGAACAGUUCUAAACUCACAUCUUAUCUGAUCAUUGCUCUGGUGUCUGUUUCCACAUUUUUCCUCACUUUCAUCAUUCUCAUUGUGGCCAUACGGAUUUGUCACAGGAGAAAGCCCAGACUGUUGUUUGAUGGAGCAGUAGCCAUUCCCAGUGCAUAUUUACCUCCCAACUACGCAGAUGUUGAUGGAACUGGAACUCUCCGUAGUGCUUACAACUAUGACGCCUAUAUGACCACAGGGUCACGUACCAGUGACUUCAAGUUUGUUACGUCCUACAAUGACAACACUCUGCCUUCUGGCACCACUCUGAAGAGGAGUCCAGGAGACAACAGUGACUGCCUCAACUUCACUUCACUUGACUUCACUGAGAAUGGAUCUCAGUUCUCCACUCUGUGUUUGCUGAAGGGCACCACAGCUAUGAAGUUUGGCUUUGUGCUCAGCUCCCCUGCUCACAAUUUUCCCUACCAAUCCAGAUAA